AAUGGGAAAUCCAUAUGACGGAAUACUAACGAUGGAAGACUACGAGAACGUAAUUUUAUAUAAUCACUUCCUUAAAGAAAAAAAAAUAAAACGACGUUUUUAAGUAUAUGAUAGCAUUUCUUGCGAUUUAACAUUAAUCAGCUUUGAACGUGUUGAAAACGUUCAUUUGUGAACGGUCAAUAGGUCAAUAACGUAAUCUAACAACAUGCUUACAUUCCAAGAAAGCCGCAGUAUACGUAUCUAGAAGAAAGAAAACUGAUAAGUACAAAAUAUGAUACGUAUAUAUUUCAUUAUUUCAUAGCCAACAAGUGCGUCAGUUUCCACAGGCUAUCGUGGUAUUAUCAUCACGAAUCACUUCGUUAUAACAGCGAUGAAAAUCCGAAUUUUGUUAUUUCUCUUUGUUCUAACUCUCCUUAUAAUCGAUGACAUUAGCGCGGGAAAAGUCAGUUUCUCUUCACGCGGAGGAGGAGGCUGGCGAGGAUCGUCACGAGGCUCGUCGUCAUGGGGAGGAAGGAGUUCAGGAGGUGGUUCUAGAUCUGGUUCAAAUACUUUUGGACAUAGAGGUACAUCGGGUGGAUACACGGGAUCAAAUACUCAUGGAAGUUCAUCAGGUAGAUACACAGGAUCAAGGCCAUUUGAAUCUGGGAGUUCAUCAGGUGGACACACGAUGGGAUCAAGUACUCAUGGAAGUUCAUCGGGUGGACACAUGACAGGAUCGAAUCCAAUUGCACAUGGAAGUUUACCGAGUGGGCAGAUAGCAGGAACGUUGGGGCAUGGAAUUUCAUCAGGUGUCGCAUCAUCUUCGCAUCGUCAAAAUAAAGAUUCGAGCAAAUCAUUCUUACAAGCUGAAGGAGGAGGUGCUACUCGACCAUCUCAAACUAAUCCUACAUACUCUUCUUCUGGUCAUCCAUCAGCACCGCGUAGUAAUACAGGAACAUACUCCGGAAGUCAAGCAGGGAAACCAGGCUAUACCACGGAGAACAAACAAAAUUCUGCCCCUUAUAAUCCUUAUAGUCCAUCGGCACCGUCAUUAGACCAUAUAUCGAAAUCCACUGUACCACAUUCACAAAGCCAUGCUCCAACUUCUUUUGGUCAACCAAAUGCGCCUUUCAAGCCAUCGCACGGAACUGUACCUCACAACAAUCCUACAUGGAGCAAUCCGCAUUAUAAUCCAAGUCAAUCUUAUCCACCAAUUCCCGCCUCAACUAAUAUCGGAUUUAAGGAUCAUUUACGUCCCACGUCGAUGCCCGUUCCCUCUCACGUUCCUUCCGCACCUUAUCCUGCUUCCAAUUUUAACCAACGUCCUCCUCCUUAUCCUGUUCAAUCAUCCGCCUUCAAUCAACCACAUUUCGUUGCUGGUCAACCUCAUUCCGCUUAUAACCCUGGCCAUCCGAUCGGACAUCCCAGCAGUUAUCCGAUGCACGUUCCACCGCCUGUACCGGGCACAUUCGGCAAUCCUUACGCUACACAUCCUGUUGGUAGUGCGUACGGUUCUACAGGACCUCCGCAUUAUCCUCCGCAACAACAUAUGCUAGCACAACCAGCCGCGCAACCGUAUAUACCUGGGCAAACAGUCAUUAUGGUUCCUGGUCAGCAAGACAGUGGCAGAGGCUUGGGUCAGAUAGUGAAAGAGGCACUCGUGUUUUCCACCAUCAACGCUGGUGUGAAUAGGUUGCUAAAUCCAUAUCCUCAUCAUCACUACGUAUCCGACAGCAGCAGGCCAGCGAGCAGUAGUACCACUACAAGUGAAACACACAUUACUUAUAACAAUCAUUAUUUUAACGGCGCUCCUACGAGUGACGUACCUGCGAUGCCGCCUUCGCCUUCGUCUUCGAAUCAGGGAGGUGUCAGCUACCCUGCCAAUUAUCCAAGUCCAGUGAAUAAUCCAGCUAUCACACCGGGAGUAUCGAUUCCUACGAUUGUCGGGAACAAUGCUAACGUCACGAAUCCAGCUAAUUCUUCCCUGAGUACGACGAGUACAACCAACAACAUGGGAGGUUCUCCAGUUGUUACUCCAAAUGGAUACUCUGCUGGAAAUACGAUGAACAAUCAAGGAACGUCAGAUCAAUGGGCUAACAUGCCGCACUAUAGGAUAUCGGAUGGCGAAUUAUCGACAUUAACUGAAGAAUUGUUUGCGCUGCAAGAAUUUAAUGUAUCCAAACACUUGACGCUACAUCUGCAAAAUAUAAUCAAAUCUCCGAAUGUAACGGAUCAAGCUAAAGAACCAUUAAUUCAUGUGCAUUCGGACGUGUACGAGUAUCCGACAAUUUUAGCCAUUCGAGCGCUCUAUGACAAUUACGAGCACAAUUCCACCGUGAAGGAGAAUCGUACUGGCAUGAAACGGAAGGAGGAAGACCUUCUGUUGGACGUAUUUCUGAACACGAAUGUAAUGGCUAGAGCUAUGAGAUGGUUGUCGAUUCGAGGUUUCAUCGAUCCGGAUGAUUUCGAGAAGAAAGACACUCUACGACGUAUCUGGUUCAAUCAAUUUGACGGCGCUACUUCAGGAUUCGAACGUGUUUUCGCAUCCGAAAGAUACGGCUACGAUCUUCUUGGUGUGCAGGACUGGAUUUAUUUUGAAUAUCAAGAAUCCAAGAAUCGUAUCGAUUACAAGGGAUACGUCGACAUCUUAAAACUAGGAAAUAACGCCUCGCUAGUGAAGCUGAACUUCCAAAUGGAUGAUAUUAUUAGGCCGAAUGCGACGAUAUUUGUAGGCACACUUCCGGAGCUUGAGAUGUCCUUAUACACAAUAUGCUUCUUCGCUAGACCCAACGACUUGUGUCCUGUUUCUCUUGGUGGCAGCAAGUUCAACAUUUACACACAUUCGUUUAGAUAUUACGGGAAAGAUCUAAUAGAUCUUGCGCUUCCCAUCUUUUAAUCUUAUUAUUGUACAAAUAAACGUUCCAACGUGUGAAUUAUCGAGCUUUAUAUACAUAUAGAUGAUAUCUUAGUAGCAAAACUAAUUUACGUGACUUACGUUGAUUUACGUUAAAAAUUAUCAUAGGAUGUAAAUGAUUAAUUUCCAUUGGCAUUAGUUUUGUAUUAUAAAGCGAUAACUUAACUACAAAAAUAAAUAUAAGCAACUUAUAUUCAUUUUAAUUAAUUUGAUAGAAAUAUAUGUUUUUAUAAUAAAGAUAAUAGUAUUCUUUUUAGGUAAUUAUAAACGUAUAAUGUAUUCUUAAUGUUUGAUCAAAAUAUAAAAUACUAAAAAAAA